AUGAGUGUCCGGAUCGACGCCCUCGGGCCAACUCCCGGCCAAAUUUGCUACGAAAUAAGUGGCAUAACACUGCUGAAACACUAUAUCGCAGCCUUCGUCCUCGUGGUGAACUUUACGGUGAUUAUUGCCGCGCUGGCGUUCCUCGUCCGAGUCGCACUGUCGCUGAGGACGCUCCUGGUCUCCGCGCUGCUGAGUAACCUGAAGCGCGUGGCCUACUUCAACGCUCACAGGUCAAUAACGCGCUCAGCGUAA